CAGCCGGGAGCAUGGCCUCUGUCGGGCAUCUCUAUGGUUUUUGUAUCCUAGAAGGACCGAAGUGCACUUCCGGGAAGAUGGCGACACCCAAGUUUGAGUGACACGUGCUUCCUCGGACCGCGCACUGAAGAUGUGUGCUACAGGAUGCUGGAGCUUGAAACCUGGGGCUGUAGGUGUAUUACCCAGGUGUUCCGCUGUCUAAGCUGCAUCUCCAGUCAUUUCUUUUCCUAUUCAAAGGAUGGUGCCACAUCUUCACCCCUGGUGAAAACCUGAGGACAGAGCCUCUGCCCACCAUGAGUGUCACCCCAGAGGUCAAGAGUCGUGGGAUGAAGUUUGCUGAAGAGCAGCUGCUAAAGCAUGGAUGGACUCAAGGCAAGGGUCUGGGCCGCAAAGAGAAUGGCAUCACCCAGGCCCUCAAGGUCACACUGAAGCAAGAUACCCAUGGGGUGGGACACGACCCUGCCAAGGAGUUUACAGACCACUGGUGGAGUGAUCUCUUCAACAAGACUGCAGCCAGCUUGGUAGUGGACACAGGGAAGGAUGGAGUGCAGAUAAGGCGCCUUUCCAAGGAGACCACCCAGCGCAGUCACCCCAAGUCCAAUUUGCUGUAUCAGAAGUUUGUGAAGACAGCCACACUGACCUCAGGUGAAGAGAAGCCUGACAGAGAGAGCGGCAGUGAUGAUGACAGCCAUGAGCCCACGCCUCCAAAGAUUCUGACUGAUGAAAUGCUACUCAAAGCUUGUGAGGGGCGAACAGCACACAAGGCUGCCCGGAUUGGAAUCACAAUGAAGGCCAAGCUUGCUCGCCUGGAAGCCCAAGAGCAGGCCUUCCUGGCUCGGCUCAAAGGUUCAAAGGAUGUAGGCACCUCUCAACCACACACUGACAAGGAGCCCUCCCACAAAAAGAAAAAGAAGAGGAAGCAGAAAGAGGAGGAAGAGACUGCAACAACCGAAAAGAAUGUUAGUGAGGAGCUCCUAGAACACACUGACCCUCAGAGCUUCAAGAAAAGGGAGAAGAAGAAAAGGAGGCGGAAAGACCAGAGAGAGGAAAUGGCUGUAGGAAGUGGGGAGGAAGAGGCUGAAGGAGCAAGUGGGCCUGGAGAACAGAGCACAGAGCAAUCUGACCAGUCUUCUAGGAAAAGGAAGAAAAAGAGGAGGCGGCACCAUGAAGAAGAGGGGAAGAUGGAAGUCUGUGAUGAAAGAGGCAGAGAUAUGACAGGCAGGCCAAAGGCAGUGGACAGUGGAGCAGACCCAGAUCCAUGGAGAAGCAGUAAGAAGUCUCAGCAGAGUGGGGAUGACUUGGACACCCAAGAUGAAGGGAAGAAUGGCCUAACAAAAGCAGAGAGAAAGGUCAGAAGAGGCAAGAAGAAAAGACAGCAGUGUCUUGAAGAGGUAGUCUUGGAUGUGAGCAAUAAAGACGAUGAUGACAGGACUUGGGAAGUAGAGAAUGAAGGUGAGAGAAGUCAGCCACAUCCCAAGGAGAGAGCUGGCAUCAACACUGACCAGAGAGCCAAAAAGAAGAAGCGGAAGAGGGACUGACGGUCUACAGUGUAGGUCUGCUGAUGACUUUUCAGAGUGGUCUGGGUUUGGGCAAGGUUUCUUCACACCCCUCUGCAGAAGUUCAGGAGCACCAGUCGGCUGAGGGGUGGAUGUCUCCUGUACAACUUCCUUUCCAAAAAGUAUAGACCCUGGUGUCCAGCAGCUCACCAGCUAAAGGAUGGUGGGAAGAGGAAUCAGGAAGUCUCUGCUAAAAGUCUGAAAAUGUACUCUUAUGUGAAAGACUUUGGUUGGUUUUUUGAAACAGGGGUUCUCUAACAUAGCUCUUGCUUUCCUAGAACUCACAAACAUCCACCUGCCUCUACCUUAAGAGUGCUGGGAUCAAAGGCCUGUACUACCAUACCCUACAGACUGUGAAGAUUAAGAAAAACACAUUUAAAUGUAUGGGUUGGGUUAGCCUUCCAGACUUCCUGUUUCUCAUGACACUUAAAUGAGAGCUUGGGCCCCAAGCCUAUGGUUAUUCCCAGUUAACACAAUCAUUUCCAGCAUGAGAAGGUCUGAAAACAAAUCAGAUGGCCCUUGGAGACCUUUGAAAAAAUUCUUUGUUACCCUCUUGGGGUCUUGCUACA